AUGAUUGAGGACCCCUGGGACCUCACGUUCGUGUACCUACCCCACCCCACCCCGGGUCCUCCCACCCGCAGCGUGCUCAACUUCAUGGGCCUCGUGGGGAAUCUCAGCCCCGAACUCAGCGCGCUCUCCGCCCUCACUACCAUCGACCUGGGAAUGAAUCUCUUCAACGUGGAGCUCAGCGACUUUGUCGCCCCCCUGCUGCAGAUCAAAUCCGUUGCCUACAUUAUUAACUCGUCAGUCAAUCCACAUGUCUCUGCCUGCGCAUCUAUCGUUUCAUCCUCCGCCUUCUCUGCGGCCCCCUCACGCCCAUUUUCUUUAUACGCACCUCAACAUGUGCCUCCACUGCCCUUCCUCCUCUCCCUACUCUCUUUCCCCCUUCUCACCCCUUUUCCCUUCCCGCUCCCCCACCUCCCCCUUUUCCUCUCCUUUCCUCCCCCUCUCUCCCCCACCAUCAGCUCCCUAGCCUCCAACUAUCUCACCGGCGUUCUCCCGUCGCCUCCCUCCGUUGCCCUGAAAACGCUCGACGUCUCAGGAAACUUCUUCGCUGGUUCCUUCCCCUCCUUCGCAUCUCAACUCGACGAGUGCAGCGCGGGCGGCAACUGCUUGUCUUCUUCCGGGCACUGUUCAUCUGGGGAGGGAGCGGGUGGGGAGCAGAGGGGGGAGGAGGCGUGUGCGGUGUGUGGCGGGUCAAUGAAGUCAAUGCAAGUCAACCCAUGUGGCGAGGGGAGAGUGUGUGUUGCAGAGAUGGAUACUGUUCCUGAAUCAGAGGAUGAGGCGAGGAGUGUGACUGUAACAAUGGUGUGCCAAGAUGUUUCGGCUGCCGAAGAGGACACGGGCAAUGAGAGCGACGAUACCGAUAACUCUGAGGAGGAGGAUAAUGAAAGUGGCGCCAGCAGCGGCAGCGGUGCUUCUGAGGACGGCGCGAAGAGUGGUGCGGACAGUGGUAGUGAAGAGGGGGAGGGAGGCAGUGAGGGGGGCAAUGCGGUUGCUGGAUCGGAAGACAAGGACGGAGAGGAGGAUGAGGAUGAGGGAGAGGAGGAAGGGAAUGUUGAGGAGGGAGAGGACGAGGAGGAGGAGAGUGCAGUGGGAGAGAAGGGAGGCAGUGGAGGAGGAGACAAGGGAAGUGCUGAGGAAAGCAGCGGGGCCAGCCACUCAGAUGGAAGUGCAAAGACUGGGGAGGAAGGUGGUACCGGUGCAAGUGCGGGGGGAACCAAUGCAGGCGAUACCAAAGCAGGCAGUGAGACAGGGACAGGGACAGGAACGAAGAAGAAAUGUAACAAGAGGAUCAAAUGCCCCAAGAGCGCGUGUGGGGGGCGGCGGAGGCGAUGUGUUCCGUACUACAGAAGCUGCAACGGCUACAAGUGCUUGUGA